UGGGAUCUGGACUUCUACCCACCGGUGUUUUUUCAGACUCCUUGCAAAUUAAGGAAUGCAAUUCUGCCACCAUGAUGGAAGGACUGAAAAAGCGUACAAGAAAGGCCUUUGGAAUACGGAAGAAAGAAAAGGACACUGAUUCUACAGGUUCACCAGAUAGAGAUGCAAUUCAGCCCAGUCCACAUGAACCACCCUACAAUUACAAAGCAGAGUGUGCGCGUGAAGGAGGAAAAAAAGUUUCGAAGAAAAGCAAUGGAGCACCAAAUGGAUUCUAUGCAGAAAUUGAUUGGGAAAGAUAUAACUCACCUGAGCUGGAUGAAGAAGGUUACAGCAUCAGACCUGAGGAACCCGGCUCUACCAAAGGAAAGCACUUUUAUUCUUCAAGUGAAUCGGAAGAGGAAGAAGAGUCACACAAGAAAUUUAAUAUCAAGAUUAAACCAUUGCAAUCUAAAGACAUUCUUAAGAAUGCUGCAACUGUAGAUGAACUGAAGGCAUCAAUAGGCAACAUUGCACUUUCCCCAUCACCAGUGAGGAAAAGUCCGAGGCGCAGCCCGGGUGCAAUUAAAAGGAACUUAUCCAGUGAAGAAGUGGCAAGACCCAGGCGUUCCACACCAACUCCAGAACUUAUAAGCAAAAAGCCUCCAGAUGACACCACAACUCUUGCUCCCCUCUUCGGCCCACCAUUAGAAUCAGCUUUUGAUGAACAGAAGACAGAAGUUCUUUUAGAUCAGCCUGAGAUAUGGGGUGCAGGCCAGCCAAUUAAUCCAAGCGUGGAGUCGCCAAAGUUAGCAAGGCCUUUUCCCACUGGAACUCCUCCACCUCUGCCUCCAAAAAAUGUACCAGCCACCCCACCCCGAACAGGGUCCCCCUUAACAAUUGGACCAGGAAAAGACCAGUCAGCCACAGAGGUCAAAAUUGAAAAACUACCAUCCAUCAAUGACUUGGACAGCAUUUUCGGCCCCGUUUUGUCCCCCAAGUCUGUUACUGUCAAUGCUGAAGAAAAGUGGGUCCAUUUUUCUGACACGUCCCCGGAACAUGUGACUCCGGAGAUGACUCCAAGGGAAAAGUUGGUGUCCCCUCCAGCUGCGUCAGACAAUCCCGCUGACUCCCCAGUCGCAGGCCCUCCUGGCCCCCAGGGCUCCUCGUGCCCAGCAGGGCCUCCUGGGCCUCCACGCAAUGCACCAUCGCCGCUCAAUUUAGAAGAAGUCCAGAAGAAGGUGGCUGAGCAGACCUUCAUUAAAGAUGAUUACUUAGAAACAAUCUCAUCUCCUAAAGAUUUUGGGUUGGGACAAAGAGCAACUCCACCUCCCCCACCGCCACCCACCUACAGAACUGUGGUUUCGUCCCCUGGACCUGGCUCGGGCAGUGGUACAGGGACCACCAGUGGUGCAUCAUCCCCCGCUCGGCCAGCCACUCCUUUGGUCCCGUGUAGCAGUACCACUCCUCCUCCACCUCCUCCCCGACCUCCCUCUCGUCCAAAGCUGCCUCCAGGAAAGCCUGGUGUCGGAGAUGUGUCCAGACCUUUUAGCCCUCCCAUACAUUCUUCCAGCCCUCCUCCGAUAGCACCCCUAGCCCGGGCUGAAAGCACUUCUUCAAUAUCGUCAACCAAUUCUUUGAGUGCAGCUACCACUCCCACAGUUGAGAAUGAACAGCCUUCCCUCGUUUGGUUUGACAGAGGAAAGUUUUAUUUGACUUUUGAAGGCUCUUCCAGGGGACCCAGCCCCCUAACCAUGGGCGCCCAGGACACCCUCCCUGUAGCAGCAGCGUUCACAGAAACGGUCAACGCCUACUUCAAAGGAGCGGACCCAAGCAAGUGUAUCGUUAAGAUAACUGGAGAGAUGGUGCUGUCCUUCCCUGCCGGCAUCACCAGACACUUCGCCAACAACCCGUCCCCAGCAGCUCUGACCUUUCGGGUGGUAAACUUCAGCAGGUUAGAACAUGUCCUGCCAAAUCCCCAACUUCUCUGCUGUGAUAACACACAAAGCGAUGCCAAUACCAAGGAAUUCUGGGUAAAUAUGCCAAAUUUGAUGACUCACUUAAAGAAAGUAUCUGAACAAAAACCCCAGGCUACAUAUUAUAAUGUGGACAUGCUCAAAUAUCAGGUGUCAGCCCAGGGCAUUCAAUCCACACCUCUGAAUCUGGCAGUGAACUGGCGAUGUGAGCCUGCAAGCACUGACCUGCGCAUAGAUUACAAGUACAACAUGGAUGCAAUGACAACCGCAGUGGCCCUCAACAACGUACAGUUUCUGGUCCCCAUAGAUGGUGGAGUAACCAAACUCCAGGCCGUGCUCCCACCAGCAGUCUGGAAUGCUGAACAACAAAGAAUAUUGUGGAAAAUUCCUGAUAUCUCUCAAAAAUCAGAAAAUGGAGGGGUGGGUUCUUUAUUGGCAAGAUUUCAGCUAUCUGAAGGCCCAAGUAAACCUUCCCCGUUGGUUGUACAAUUCACCAGUGAAGGAAGCACUCUUUCUGGCUGUGACAUCGAACUCGUUGGAGCAGGAUAUCGGUUUUCACUCAUCAAAAAGAGGUUUGCUGCAGGGAAAUACUUGGCAGAUAACUAAUAAAAUCUUAUGCAAGAUUUGAAGGAUUUAUAUAAUUAAGAACUAUUGUGUGAGAAACAGGUUUUCGUUUUGGUUUGAUGAAACGAAACCAAGACCUGCACCUGGGAUCUUCCAGCUCAGAAGUCAGUGGUGUUCAGCAAUGGUUUCCCUCACACACACCAUGAUGACCAAUCCUACAGUAUUUACUUCUAGGUGUAAUAUUGUUAAUGGUUUUAAAAUGUAAUUAUUGUAUUUGUAAAUUGUACUCUCAUUCCAGUAAGGCAGUUAUAUCUUUGAGUUUUAGCAUUUUACCAUUCCUGAAAAGGAUGUAAUUUAAACUGUGGUAUGUAAAUUUAAUAGCAGUACUGUUGAACGGCACAAUGCUUACAGAGGUAGAUUGCAUUUUGUCAAUAUAUAAAAUUUAAAUAUAAUAAUGAUAGCUGUCAUAAAGGGGGUGCCACAUAUAAAGAAAUGUAUAUGCAAACAGAAGAAAAAGCAAACUUACAUUUCUUCAGUCCUUAGUGUGUUUUAGUCUAGUGCUAAAUAAAACUUUUAUCUUCAGAUGUUUAAUGGGUGAAAUUCAGAAAACUAUUUCAAAAAAUAAUUCUAAGGUUAUAGCAUAUUCGAAGAACAGCAUUAAUUACCACUUUUUAAAAAGCUUUUUUUUCAAACUGCAAAUUUCAUAAAAAUGCAACUGUGUAAACAGGGCCUCUUAUUUUUAUAACUUGUGUAAAAAGGAAAAGCAAUUCAUAUUUAAAGUUUAAGUAUAUUAAAUUAUAAUCAAAAGUAAAGGAGAUGUUGAAGUCUUAACUAUUUCCCUCUCUCCCUACAGUUUUGUCAGAGUGGAAACUGCUGAAUAGUCAGUUAAACAAAACCAAAAUCGUGAUUUCAAAACUUUCCAUAGUUGAACUGGCUAGUGACUUUUGCACAACUACUCUGAAUAGAUGGUCUCUCUCACCCGGCAUGGGGGUGACUUCUCACGUCUUCCUCUUAGCCCAUAGGCAUAAACACAUUGAGACUACACGUCUCAGAAGCAAAAUUUCAGUCCCUUAUUUAAAACUAGAAAGUUUUAAUUAUCAUCAUUUGUGUCACUGAGAAAGGAAAAAAAAAAUAAGCUUUAUAAAUGCAGUUAUCUUCACAUUAUUGUGCAAUAAAUUUCCUUUUGGAUGAUUAGGGUCCAUUAUAUAAACCUGUACAACUUUGCCAUUCUUGGAGAAUCAAAAGGAGAGUUGUCAAAAAUCUGUCAUUUUCUUGUUUCAAGAUGCUCUAAAAACCAGUUAGUCUGUCUCCACAAUACAGAAAUUAAAACAGAACUUGUUAAAUGUUCCCUCAUUAAAAUAUGAAAAAAUGGCCUUCCUUUAAAUCAUAGCACUUAUUUUGAAUAUAUUCCAAUUUCUAUUCAAGAUUAUACUAUUAAGUAUAAUCAUUAAGUUGUUAUGUUUAUCAUUAGCUGUUAAAUUUCAUUUUUUAUCGAUUCAGACUUAACAAAGAAUCCUUAGCCCCUUUAAAUUUUAGAAUCUGAAUUUUUUUAAGUCUUAUUUUUAAAAUUAAAUGACUGAUAAUUGUUUAUAGUGGAAAUUUUUAAAUAAAUAUUUGUACUCCUCGAUCAGUGCUUGCUACUGAGAGAAUGCUCAAAAAUAUCUGUUUUAUUCUAGAAGAAUUCUUACCAUUGAAACAAGCUCUUAAUCACUUGCCUAUAGCUGUCUAACAUUGAAAAAAAUUUUUAACAAACUAGUAUACCAUUUUAAGUAAAGAUACUCAAUUUGAUUUGGAGAUUAAAGUAGAAAGUGCAAAAUUUUAAAACUCUCAAGACAUGGAGAAAUUUAGAACACCAAAACCAAUGGAGAGUAAUUAUCAAAAAAUUGAUAUUAACCCAGCAUGCUAAUACAAAAAUGUGUCUUUAAGUAGACAAGUUAAUAAAGAAAAUUAACAUAAAGCAUUUAAAUAUGUGUAAAUGUU